AUGGACUGUGAUCAUCUAUUGAAGCUAGGCAUGACGGCUAAAAAGAUAUUAGAAAAUGGAAAGGGGAUACUUGCAGCUGAUGAAAGCCCAGGAACAUUGGGCAAGAGGUUUGAAAAGCUUGGAAUUGAGAAUACCGAGGAGAACAGAAGGAAGUUCAGAGAAAUCUUAUUUAGUACCAAGGAGCUCGAGAGACAUAUAGGCGGGGUCAUUCUAAACCAGGAGACGUUCGGGCAAACAAAUGAAGAUGGAGUCCCACUAACAAAGAUAUUGAAGAAAAGGGGCAUCGAAAUAGGCAUAAAGCUUGAUAAAGGACUAAUUGAUUAUAAGGAGAAAGAAAAGAUCUCAGUGGGACUUGAGGACCUGGACCUGAGAUGCAAAUCCUCUGCAUUCAAAGAUGCCACGUUUGCCAAGUGGAGAUCUCUGUUUUAUUUCUACGACGGGAUCCCAUCUGAAGACUGUAUCAACGAAAACUGCUCUGUUUUGGCAAAGUAUGCAAUAACAUGCCAGAAGAACGGCCUUGUUCCAAUCGUGGAGCCAGAGAUAUUUCUUGAGGGAGAUUACACCAUAGAAAGCUCGUACAGAGUGUUCAGGCAGAUAUUAAGCACAUUGGUGAAGUACUUAAACUAUGAAUGUGUUUACAUCCCAGGCGUUCUCAUCAAGACCAGCUAUGUCACACCCGGAAUGCUUAGCGACGAAAAGUAUACGCCAAAAAAGGUGGCUACAUACACAUUCAGAGCCCUUUUGUCAACCAUUCCUUGUGGGGUUCCAGGUGUUGUCUUUCUGAGUGGAGGCCAUAGUUCUGAGGAUGCAAUAAGCUUUCUGAACGCAAUAAAUAUGGAGAGAGGAUGCAGAACAUGGACCUUAAGUUUCAGCUUUGCAAGAGCACUUACAAACGGAGUACUGGAAAUAUGGAAGGGGGAGGACUCAAACAUUCAGGAGGCGCAAAGAGUGCUGCUGGAGACGUCGUUUAAGGCAUAUAAAGCAGCAGAAGGAAAUUUGGAGGAGCAGGAGCAAGAACCAUAA